GUUGACCGCUGCGCCCGGCAGUAGCUGCACAGCCCGUUGCGCGCCAAGGAUCCGGCGAAUUAAAAAAGUAAUCUUGUCUCUGACUUGCAUUCAGUUUUUAAAAGUGUAGGAUCGGCGCGCGGGAAAAUUUUGACAGCAAAGAGUCGCGAAGUUUCGAAAAAAGUUUUUAACAGUUUCUGAGUGUUUAGUGCUUAUUUUUGAAACCGGUGACUUUUGAUUUGUUUAUAAAUAACAGUGCGCAAUUAAUAAUCAUAAGCCAUGGGUUCGCUUCCUCGGGUCUCCGUGUCUAUGGGCGAGAGGCGCCAGGUGACCUCGGCUCCGCUUCCCAUACACCUCGCCAGGCUGGCGCAGAGCCAGGACACUGCUCUCGUGUUUAGGGAUGAGACCUGCAACGUCCGCAUCAGCUACGCGGAGCUGGAGGCGAGUGCCAAUGCACUGGCGAAGACUAUGGCGUCCCACGCCCGCGGCGCCGGGCCCAAUAGCGACGGGGACUUCGUGGUGGCGGUGUGCAUGCAGCCUACGCAUAACACAGUGAUGACUCUCCUGGCGGCGUGGAAGGCGGGCGCGGCGUACGUUCCGCUGGACCCGAGCUUCCCCCCCGGCCGGGUCGCGCACAUCCUGGGGGAUGCGCGGCCGGCGUUGGUGGUUUAUGAUGACAGUGCCAACCCAGCCCUGUUCACCAGCAGCGGCAUACCAGCUAUACUCUUCGACGAGCUGCUCACGGUGUCGGGCAGCCACUCCGCCGAGCCGCCGACCGACUCCGAGGUGCUGAGUGAAGCGAGGAGUGAUAGCGUUGCGAUCGUGCUGUACACUUCUGGAAGCACUGGGGUGCCUAAAGGAGUCCGUCUAUCAUACGACGCGAUCUGCAACCGUCUCUGGUGGCAGUUCACCACAUUCCCUUACUCGGAAACUGAACGGACCUGCGUGUGGAAGACCGCCUUGACCUUCGUGGACGCUGUCAGCGAGAUGUGGGGUCCGCUGCUCAAUGGACGGACCCUGCUGAUACUGCCGCGAGACGUGACCAGGGACCCUCAGAGGCUGGUGCAGGUGUUGGCUGAUAAUCAGGUUGAACGUUUGGUUCUGGUACCCACUCUCCUUCGCUCCAUUCUGAUGUCUCUAUCCCUCAACCCUUCCGAAAGGCCCUUGAAGCAUCUCAAACUGUGGGUCUGUUCCGGGGAAACCUUGUCCAAGGAAUUAGCUGGAGAAUUCUUCAGAUACUUCGGAGACCACAAUGGGUACAAGCUGGCGAAUUUCUACGGCAGCACAGAAGUUCUGGGUGACGUCACGUACCAUAUUCUGGAAAAGGCUGGGCAGUUGGAGUCGUACAAUACUGUGCCAAUUGGCUCACCCCUCCACAACUGCGCGAUCUACCUCCUCGACGAGGAGAUGAACAUAGUGCGGGAGGGGGAGAUCGGGGAGCUGUGGGUGUCGGGGCGGAACCUGGCCAGCGGGUACGUCGGCGGCCAGGGCAAGGAGCGGUUCCCGCCGAACCCCCAUGCUACUCAUCCAGAUUUCGCCCGCCUCUACCGCACGGGCGACUUCGGCGUGCUAGAGAAGGGAGUGGUGCUGUUCGCCGGUAGAACUGACUCGCAGGUGAAGAUCCGUGGACACCGGGUAGACUUGCAGGAGGUGGAUCGAGCUGUCAACGCCGUGCAUGGGGUUGAGAAAGGUGUGGUUCUUUGCUAUGGACUUGAGCGAGGAAAUCCUGAAAUCUUGGCGUUUGUCACACUGAAGGAUGAUGCAAGACUAGCGGCCCACCACAUUGAAAGCUCACUGAAAAACGCGUUGACAAGUUACAUGAUUCCUCAGGUCAUAGUGAUAGACAGCAUCCCUCUGCUAGUCAAUGGAAAAGUGGACAGACAAGCUCUACUGAAGAUGUACGAGAAUACAAACAACAAUGAUGACGCCGAAAUUCCUCUCGACAUCGACUACACAGGGGUAGAGCCGGAACACAUGGAAAAGGCCAGAGUCCUAUUUGAGACCGUGGGAGAAGUACUGGGAAGGGCUGCUAGAGGCGAACUGUCUGUCAGAGCAGGGUUCUACGAGCUCGGAGGGAACUCUCUCAACUCUAUUUACACUAUAACUAGGCUGAGGGACAAAGGAUACUAUAUUCAAAUCAGCGAUUUCCUUGGAGCAGCAAAUCUUGGAGAAGUUCUUUCACAUUUGAGCUCUAACCCAGAUUGUGAAGAAAACAAUGAACCGAAGUUUGUGGCUGAACCAAUGAGAGACGAGCACAAACAACAAGUCAUUGACAUGAUAGUAUCAUCAUUUUACGAAAAAGCAGAAUUGGAACAGUUUUUGAAGCACGAAAUCGAAGUCAAUGACUACGCAGACUGCAUCGAUAGAUGUUGGAAUGCACUGUUAGCUGCGAGGCUUAGUGUGGUGUUACGGGAUGAAUCAGGAGCACAUAUUGCCGUAGCACUAAAUUUCGAUGGUCGCGAUGAGCCAGAGAUCGAACUAUCAGGAGGACUAGCCAAGAUCAUGGGCUUUUUGGAGUACGUUGAGGGUUCCGUACGAGACACUAUGCUACCUGAAGGAAAGGGAACAAUUCUACAUUCAUUCAUGAUGGCCACGGCAUCGAAUCUCAAUGCACGCGACAAUGUAGCCGCCAUCAGGGCUCUGGAACACGCCACAAUGCGCAUUGCGAGAGACCGGCGGUUCACAGGAGUCUUCACCACCAACACCAGCCCACUUACACAGCAAUUGGGAUCCGAUGUCCUCGGCUUCCAAACACUCCUAGACUACCAGAUCAACCAGUAUGUAGACGCGAACGGCGAAAGAGUCUUCGGCAAGGCACCCGAUGAUAUGCGCGCCGUUGUGUGUUGGAAACCAGUUGAGUAAUACCAAGUAGUUUUUGUAAGUUAUGAUCUUAAACGUUCGGAAGUUAAUAUUAUACACAUUAUGAAUGUGUCUAAGAUCCUGUUAAGUAUAGUUAGAUGAUAGGAAUCUGUGUAUCUACGAGCUACGAGUAAUAUGACGAUGUAGUUAAUGUUACGAAAUGUAUUAAUGCACUAAUCAUUUUAUGAAAUAAAAGACAUAAAAAUGCAGAUGUAAACGAAAUCACGAGAUCUAAGUAGUUCCCAUGUAUGUAAAUUGUUUUGAAAAUAAGAGGCUCUGAUAGGGCAUUAUUAAGAUAAAGCAAGAUCGGAAAGUUCAAUGAUUCUGUGAUUGUGUUACACAAAACGUGUAUUGUGAUCGAUUAGUACCUACCUAUUAUAUCAUAAGAUUAUAAGUUAAGUAGGUUCUAAGUGAUAUGUUAACAAGUAUUGUAAUAAAUUAUGUUUUGAGAAGUACAAAUAAAUAA